AUGCGAUUAUGUCGUUGUGUCCGUCGCGAGGACCAACUUGAUGGUAUAAAAGCAGUGUCGCAGGCUGAUGCUGUAUCAGUAGUCUUCAGACACUGCUAUCAAACAAAUUCUGUACGGCAGUAUGAAGUCUGCGAAACCUGUAAAGGACGACAAAAGAAGGACAAACGUGGAGUGUUCGGUGAAGCCAUCCUCGGUGGUCAUGACUUCGGCGGUGGACAUGGUCUGGAAUUAUCUGGUGGCCAUUCCAUUGAACUGAGCAGCCACGACUUGGGUGGUCAUGGACUUGGAGGUGGUCUUGGUGGUGGACUCGGCGGUGGUCAUGGCCUAGGCACAAUCGACCUGGGAUCCUCCGUGCAUAGACACAUCACCAUCACCAACAAAGUUGGUAUCCCAAUACCAAAACCAUACCCAGUGCAUGUUACCAAGGACGUACCAGUCCCGGUACCACAUCCAGUUCAUGUCCCAGUUGACAGACCAUACCCUGUUCAUGUACCUAAACCUUACCCAGUGCACGUCGACAAACCAGUACCUUACAUCGUCGAGAAGAAAGUCGCUGCACCAUACCCAGUUCCAGUAAAGGUACCCGUGCCACACCCAGUUGCUGUACCUGUACCUAAGCCAUACGCAGUACCAGUCGUCAAACACGUCCCGGUGCCAGUCCAUGAAACUGUCUAUGUGAAGAAACCAGUACCAGUAUACGUCAAGUCCCAUGAUCAUCACGAGGUGUCCUUUGAUCACGGCUCGAUCUCUUUGGGUGACCACGACUUUGGCAGUUCCAUCUCCGCCGGACAUGGCGGACACGGAUGGAAGGCCUAUAUUUGUGUGAUUGGGUUCCUCGUAGGCCUGACUCUCGCCGAAAGCGAGAAAAAGGCAGUGGAGGAUGCCAAAGUUACCAAAACCGAAACAAAAAAAGACAAGCGAGGAUUGUUGGGUUUAGGGUACGGCUACGGUGGACACUUUGAUGGUCACAGCUUUGAAUCAUACGGACAUGGGCAUGGACUUGAACACGGCUUGGAUCUCCAUAGUCAUGGAUAUGGACAUGGUUUGGAACUUCAUGGUCACCAUGAAGUUAAACACGUUACUGUCACUAAAGAAGUACCUGUACCAGUACCACACCCUGUUCCUUAUCCAGUUGUCAAGAAGGUACCCUACCCGGUGAAGGUACAUGUUCCAGUUCCAGUUGAUCGUCCUUACCCUGUUCAUGUACCACAACCAUACCCGGUGCAUGUCGAAACAGUUCCAGUGUACGUGGAGAAACCAGUGCCCUACCCGGUAAAGGUCCCAGUCAAAGUGCCAGUGCCUCAUCCAGUUGCCGUGCCGUACCCUAAACCAGUGCCGUACCCAGUUCACAAACCGGUGCCCUACCCAGUUAAAGUUCCAUACGUCGUUGAGAAACCAGUUCCAAUUUAUGUAAAAGGACAUGAUCAUCAUCAUGAACACCACGAGCACUUUGGAGGAUUCGGGCAUGGUUUGGACUUAGGACACCAUGAACACUUUGGACACGAUUUUGGUCAUCAUCACUAAAUCAUAUUCAUAUGCACACUGUAACUAGAUUUUGUACUGUACUUAAAUUUAUUUAUGUUUUGUACGGAGGUUAACUGUUUCUACCAAAAAAGAAUAAACUAUAUACUUUUGUAAACAACAA